UAAUAAGUAGCAGUAAAAAUUCUAUUGAAAAGGUGAUUCCAAAUAUUUAGGAUUUUCCUUAUCAGUUUGUUUACAAAUGUAAAUUCUGUUUUCGUAUAAAAAUUUAUUUAAAAUGCUAAACAGAUAUUUUGCAAAACUAUAAAAAACACAAGCUGAUUAACAGAAUCAAUUCAGUAAUUACAAUUACUUGACAAAAUGAAGAUGAAGUAUUUAUUGUUGCUGACAUAUUUGUGUGCCUUAUUGGCAUUCAUUAAAGCUUCGCCUUUGCCUGGUGGAGGAGGUGGUGGCGGCGGAGGCGGUGGUGGUCGCGGUUGUAAUUGUGAACGUGGUGGUGGAGGAGGAGGUGGCGGAGGCGGUGGUGGUGGUCAUGGAAAUGGUCCUGGUGGACCAGGUGGUGCAAAGGGGCCCGAUUGUGUACGUCCUUCAUGGAUGCCUCCCUGUCCCUAAAAUAUACAAUAACAUGUGUAUUUUUAAAAAUUGUUAAGUUUUAAUUUUUGUUAGUACAUAUUUAGUAAAUUUAGAAAAUAUAGUAUAAAUUAACAUAUAAUUUCUACAAAUAAUAAA